GUUGCUAUGCAAAGCCCAAUAUUAGCAGGAUUACACCCUCACAGCAUAAAGAGAAGAGCAAACCAUACAUAUGGGAUCUGGACUGAACCAGUUUUCCAGGAGGGAAGGCACCCAGAACACCUCAGGUUCGUUGAUAGUGAAGGUGUGAGCAGAUGUAAAGCAGUAUUCCACAAGUUGAUAGAGAAGGGCCAGCUGCUGCACCAGGGACAGAUUUUCUCUGCUACAAUUCCCUUUACUAGUUGGAUCAUGGACAAUACCCUAUGCCGCUCCCCUCUGAAGGAUCCCAGGUACAUUACUGAUCCAGAUAACAAGUGCAAGGUUGUGGAUACAAUAGACCCAGUAUCAUAUCAUUACUUUGAUUGUGGAAAUGAAAUGGCUAAAACGUGUGAUGUUCUGUUGAUUGUUGGAGACAUUGACGUCAUGUUUAAAGUGAUUAACAGGAAAACUGGGCAUGAGUCCGUGGAGUAUGUGUCCUUUUAAUAUAGAGAAUAUUGAGUUAACUAAAAAAAUAAAUGACAAUUCUUUGGAUGUAUUUUUAAAGCUAGAAAUAUAUAUCAUAGGAUUUAAUAAAGGCCCCGAAUGAAAGUAUAUUUGA